AUGGGUGAUGGGGACGAUGACAUGGGAGAUGAUGGUGAGGAGGAUGAGGAUGAUGAUGAGGGGGAGGAUGAGGAUAUUGCUAAAGAUGGUGCUUGGUAUGAUGUCUCUUGCGACACCGAUGUAUGGACUCGUUGCAUACACGGGGACGAAGAGGGCACGGUGAUGGUAGGUGGAUCGAUGAUGGUCGGCCGCGACGGGUGCCCAAGCUGCUGCAAUUGCACUAGCGAUAGAGGAACGAGUUCUUGUUGCGGUAUGUGCGGUGUACCUACGACCAAUGCUUCCACCGAGAGGCGGUCCCGGAAUUCGGGAGUUCGGGAGAAUCAACCAUCCGAUGAUCCUCUAUCCAAUGAUGGUCGAGUAGUGGUGGAUGGUGAUAACACCAACGAUCGAGCAAGCCGAACUUCGGCAAGAAAACGGCAAUUAAGUUACCCACUAUCGGCCCGAUCCAACCGUUGA